AGGGAAGGCUCUCUCUACCAGUUCCUGCGGCAAUUUCAAAGCUUCCAAACCAACUGUCACCAAACAAAACCAAAACUUUGGUUUCAUCGAAACCCCAAACCACCAACUUAAUUUAUAAACCAAACCAACACAUUUUCCUUUGUAUCCAAACAAAACACCCCUUCUUUCUAGCUCAAAUCUCGGCCAUCACACUCACAACAGAGAAUUGUUUUUAUAUUUGGUGAUCUGACUUUACAAAAUGGCCACGGCUGCAACUCCUGCCACAAACAUGGCAAUGAUCAAGCCUUGCAUUUCUUCUUCUCGCAAAGUAUUCAUGUCAAGUGCAGCAAGUUUCAGUACUGAAUCUAAAGAGGCAUCUUGGAAUAGGCUUACAAGCUCCUCUCACAUCUCAUCAAGGCAACCUUUUUUCCAGAGCAUUUUCUCAGCACCAAUAAAAUUUAAGAAGGUUGUUACCAGAGCAAUGUCUGCUGCGAAUGAGAACAAGCCUCUGCCAGGAUUGCCUGUUGAUUUAAGAGGUAAGAGAGCAUUUAUUGCUGGUGUAGCUGAUGACAAUGGAUAUGGCUGGGCAAUAGCGAGGUCCCUUGCUGCUGCCGGUGCUGAGAUUAUUGUUGGUACAUGGGUGCCUGCAUUGAACAUAUUUGAAAGCAGUCUACGGCGUGGGAAAUUUGAUGAAUCACGCGUAUUGCCAGAUGGUUCUUUAAUGGAAAUUACUAAAGUUUACCCAAUGGAUGCAGUCUAUGACAGUCUAGAUGAUGUUCCUGAGGAUGUAAAGUCAAACAAACGUUAUGCAGGGUCCUCAAAAUGGACUGUUAAGGAGCUUGUCGAAUCGGUGAAGCAGGAUUUUGGAAGCAUUGACAUCCUUGUGCAUUCACUUGCUAAUGGGCCAGAGGUUAGCAAACCUCUCCUAGAGACAUCCAGGAAUGGAUAUCUCGCUGCCAUCUCAGCUUCGAGCUAUUCCUUUGUUUCAUUACUGAAAGAAUUUGUUUCAAUAAUGAAUCCAGGUGGCGCUUCAAUUUCUCUUACCUACAUUGCUUCUGAAAGGAUCAUUCCAGGAUAUGGUGGAGGCAUGAGUUCAGCAAAGGCUGCUCUCGAGAGUGAUACAAGAGUGCUGGCUUUUGAAGCUGGAAGAAAACACAAAAUCAGAGUCAACACUAUAUCUGCAGGCCCCUUAAGAAGUCGUGCUGCGAAAGCAAUUGGAUUUAUUGAUAUGAUGAUCGAUUACUCAUCGGCUAAUGCACCCCUACAGAAGGAACUAUCUGCUGAGGAGGUGGGGAAUGCAGCUGCCUUCCUGGCUUCACCCUUGGCUUCGGCUAUCACUGGAGCAGUUGUUUAUGUGGACAAUGGUUUGAAUGCUAUGGGAGUGGGAGUUGACAGCCCAAUAUUUGUGGAUCUUGACAUUCCGAAGGAUAACUAGAGCUCGAGGUUGAAAUUCCAACAAUGUUGUUUAUUGUGCCAGCUGAAAAUUUUGUAUUUUGCAAAAAGUAAAUCGGUUCCACAAAAAAUCUUGACAGCCCUUGCCUUUACCUAAUUAAUUGGAACUUAUUUUUCUUAAUGACAUUCAAUAGCUUUAAAA